AUGGCGAACAUUCUCUUUUUUUUUUUUUUUUUUUUUUUUUUUUUGACCUCAUCGAAGGGUGGGCGAGCGGCGGGGAAGAAAAAAAAAAUGACUGAUGAACGGGACGUGUCUGUGCUGCAGGCGUUUACAGCCGUGGGGGGCGACGACAAGGCGUGCGUCCGUCUCUUUUCGCGGGGUGGCUCUACUCCAGGGUGCUACGUCCUGGGCUCGUGGGCCGGAUUCAUUGCGCGGGAGUACAUCCGGUCCACUGCGGUGCUGAAGAACUGGGGCGGAGUGGAUGUGGUGGUCGUGAACGACAGUAUUGCGAAGGAAGUCAUCCGUGAUUGUCUUCUGCGGCGUGGUGCCUCUGUCGAGUACUACGAACGACCACCCGGUGGUGGGACGUACGCAUGUGUACAGCGUGGCUCACCGGGGAACAUUACCGACUUUGAGGCAACGCUUUUUUCGUUUGAAGAGGCGGAAAUCCAGUUGAUGGCAACUGGAGCAAUUGUUCUCGAGAACAAUAACAAAGGUGGCAACGCGGGUAAAUGCAUGAUUUCAGGCGGGCAAGGAAUCAGGGUGGGAUUUGCCGCACUGAACACAACUCUUCGGACCCUGACUUACGCGGAGUAUCUUGACACGCUGCAGCUGACCAGUCUUGAUGCCUUGAUGGCGCAAUGCAAUCUGAAGGAGCUUAUCUAUUUGGACAAGAGCCGAUGCAGAGGUGGCAGCAAUAGUGAUAGGGGAGGAGGAGCCGCAGGUGUUGCCGGCGGAAGCGGGCGAGAAGAAGAGUCGUUACGGGCGGUGAAACAGUUGUGUGAGCGUGCAAAGAUUACUUACCGUGAAUUGGGACACAAUGGCGCUGCUCCAUCACAUGAUUCUCCGCAGAAACCCCUACAGCUGCAGGGAAGACGAGAAGGCAACGUGACCAAAGGCGAUUUUCUCAGUGCUCUUGAAGACAUUCUUCGUGUGCCAGAGGACCGGCUUGCCCUUUCCAAUUGUCCAUUGGCGUCUCGAGCGAUUGAAUAUCUUGUCUCUAAUAUUAUUGAUAACUUUGAUGCAACGAAUCACCGUGCUUUCUACUUAAAGCAUACAAUUCCAUCCACCUUUAUGAAACUGGACACCGCGGCAAUACAGGCAUUGCACAUUAUACACCAGAAACCAGAAGCGCGCGGUUCCCUUCCCACAUCUGUCUAUUCGUGGCUGAACCGCUGCGUUACCGGCAUGGGCUCUCGGAUGAUGCGGCAGUGGUUGCUUCAGCCGCUGCGCAACGCAGAGGACAUCAAUCAGCGUCUUUCCCUUGUAGAAUUGAUGGUGGAAGACUCGAUUUUGCGGGAUGCUCUUCUUUCGCAGGUGCUGCGAUGUUGUGGUGACAUGGAUCGGUUAAAUCGCAAGCUUCAACGACGUAGCAUCGCUCUCAAAGAUCUUCAGUCCAUUCUGACGUUUGUCAACACCAUUCCGCGGGCCGUGCAGGUGUUGAGGACCCACCAAGGCGGGCGAAAUGACAAACUGCUGAUGGAUGAAUACAUCGCUCCAUUGGAGGACAUUAACGAGCAUUUCUCAAACCUCCGCAUUCUUAUCACAGCCACUGUUGACCUCUCCGACGAAAACACUACUCGCAUCAACCCUGAAUUUGAUGACGAACUGAUGGAACUGGAGGAACAACGAAAAAGCGUGGUCAAGGCCAUUGAAAGCGAACACCAACGCGUGAUGAAAGUGUAUGGAUGGACAGAGAAGCAACUGAAGUGUGAGUACCAUACGACAUACGGUUAUGUCUUUCGUGUAACGCGAAAAGAAGACCAACAGGUGCGCACAAGCAAGGAACUAAUCACGGUGAGCACUUCCAAGGACGGUGUAAGAUUUGUUUCAGAACGACUUUCUUCACUUAGUGAGCAAUAUAAAGGCAUUCGAAAGGUAUAUGAUGUGCGCCAGCAAGAUCUUAAGCAGAAGCUUGUAAGCACCGUCGUCACUUAUCUUCCAGUACUUGAUGAUGCAAAGGAGUUAAUUGCGGCGCUGGAUGUUUUUGUGGCCUGGGCAACGGUGGUAAGGGAUUCUCCACAUCCCAUGGUUCGUCCAACGAUUAGGACACCUGAGACAGAGGAGGAACAAGAGGGCAAUAAAAGUCUCAUCACGCUUCUUAAUGUUCGUCACCCGCUUGUUGAACUCCGUCAGCCAGUGUACACACCCAACACGUUACGUCUAACGGACGAUGCCAAUGCGCUUAUUAUAACGGGACCCAACAUGGGAGGCAAAUCAACUUUUAUGCGGAGCGUGGGAAUAUGUGUUGUGCUGGCACAGGCAGGCUGCUUUGUGCCGGCCGAUUCGGCGGAUGUGGUAACAAGGGACGCCGUAAUGUGUCGUGUUGGAGCCACGGAUCACCUUGCACAAGGAGUGUCGACGUUUAUGGUGGAGAUGUUGGAGUCUGCUGCCAUUUUAAACGCUGCCACGCGAGAUUCACUUGCCAUUAUUGAUGAACUUGGCCGCGGAACGUCUACUUACGAUGGGUUUGGUUUGGCUUGGGCCAUUGCACAGGAGGUGGCGGUAAAGGCUCGUUCUGCGCUUCUUUUUUCUACCCACUUCCAUGAGAUGACACAGCUAGCAGAGCAUCACACCAAUGUGAGGAAUGCGCACUUUGGCGCCGAAGUCAACACAGUCGAGGGGACACUGCGCUUUUCUUACCGGCUGGAGCCUGGGCCGUGUGGUCGCAGUUACGGUCUGUAUGUGGCCCAGCUGGCCAACCUCCCAGAGGAAGUUGUGCAAUCUGCCAAGUGCAAGGCGGCAGGGUUGGAAACCUUUGAGCAGGACGAGGGGCAAAAAAGGGACUACACAACUAUCUCUUCUGCUUCUUCAGAGAUCACCGAACGACUUGCUUACUAUGCAAAAUGCAUACGUGGGCUAAAUGACACCAAAUUGGCGGCUGACAAUGAGGAGGCGAGUCGGCGGCUGCGUCUUGAAAUCCAGCAAGACUCUCUUAUAUCUUCUUUGCUUUAA